AUUGGAGCAACGAUAAAGUGAAAGGGAGAGAGAGAGAGGAUUAGAGCACGCCCCUGAAGCCCAUUUUCAGUUAAUAGUUUUACCUUCCCGAUCGAGUCGCGUGUGCACGGGAACCAUGCGCGCUUUUCAAGGGGGACGAAACUAACCUUUUCACCUCUUUUGGGAUGUGAAGAAUGUAGCUAGGCUACUCGUAUGUGUUAUUUAGAUUAAGCAGUAUUUUGAGUAAAUAGUUAGUUUUGUUGAUGAACUCUGCAAAAUACACAGAGUAUAGCUGUAGUUUUUGCAGCGGGUUGUAGCCUACGUGCGUUCUGGACGGUUAACGAACGUGGAUCAGCAGACGGGGCAUGCGACUUGAGUUGUUUAUUCUAACGUUUUACAAUACUACCGUAGGCUUCGAGGAGGAUUAGCCUAAGUAGGAAACCGGGAAACCUGGGCAAGGUGGGGCAGAACCGGAGACCGCCAACGGGAUUAUUGAAAAACUCACGUUGCCUUGAAGCUUCGCACUGUAGUCGAACCACCGCAGCUGCGCAGCGUUUUGGGGAAACAAUAUUUUUCUAACCCAUUGGAAUUGGGGAAGCUUUAUUCCCAACUCCUUGGUGAUUAGUCUACGCCUCAAGUAGCCUAGKCUACAGAGAGCAGAACAGUUUGUAUUUACAAAAACGUCCGUUUGUUGUGAUUAUUUGCUUUGGAACAUACGUUUCAGGACGGAUUUGGGGGGAAUUAUUUCCCCAGCCUCGCUGGACCAUGGCGGACGACGACGUACUGUUUGAAGAUGUGUACGAGCUGUGUGAGGUCAUUGGAAAGGGUCCGUUCAGCGUGGUGAGGAGAUGUAUAAACAGAGACACAGGACAGCAGUUUGCUGUGAAGAUUGUAGAUGUGGCCCAGUUUACUUCCAGCCCUGGACUCAGCACAGAGGAUCUGAAGAGAGAGGCCAGCAUCUGCCACAUGCUGAAGCACCCUCACAUCGUAGAGCUGGUGGAGACAUACAGUUCAGAUGGCAUGCUCUACAUGGUCUUCGAGUUUAUGGAUGGAGCAGACCUGUGUUUUGAGAUCGUGAAGAGGGCAGAUGCUGGCUUUGUGUACAGUGAAGCAGUGGCCAGUCACUACAUGAGACAGAUCCUAGAGGCACUACGAUAUUGCCAUGACAACAACGUCAUCCAUCGAGACGUGAAGCCCCACUGUGUCCUCCUGGCGUCUAAAGAGAACAGCGCUCCAGUGAAGCUGGGAGGGUUCGGCGUGGCCAUCCAACUGGGAGAGUCAGGACUGGUGGCUGGAGGUCGUGUAGGAACACCCCACUUCAUGGCCCCAGAGGUGGUGAAGAGGGAGCCUUAUGGUAAGCCAGUAGAUGUGUGGGGCUGUGGCGUCAUCCUCUUCAUCCUGCUCUCUGGCUGCCUGCCCUUCUACGGCACAAAGGAACGCCUGUUUGAAGCCAUCUGCAGAGGCAAAUACAAGUUAAACCCCAGACAAUGGGGCCAUAUCUCAGAGAGCGCUAAAGACCUGGUGAGACGGAUGCUCAUGCUGGACCCUGCAGAGAGAAUCACUGUCUACGAGGCACUCAACCACCCCUGGCUCAAGGAGAGAGACCGUUAUGCCUAUAAGAUCCACCUGCUAGAGACGGUGGAACAGCUGAGGAAGUUCAACGCCAGGAGAAAGCUCAAGGGAGCCGUACUGGCAGCAGUCUCCAGCCACAAGUUUAACUCCUUCUACGGAGAUCCACCAGAGGAAAUGCCUGACUUCUCUGAAGACCCCACAUCCUCGGGACUACUUGCAGCAGAAAGGGCUGUGUCUCAGGUGCUGGACAGUCUUGAGGAGAUCCAUGCGUUGACCGACUGCAGUGAGAAAGAUAUGGACUUCCUACACAGUGUCUUCCAAGAUGAGCAUCUACACACACUACUAGAUUCCUCCACCCAGAUCAGAAACCCUAGCGAUGCUGUGCAGAGAGUCAAAGAGGUAUUGGAAGAGAUCUCUUGUUACCCGGAGAACCACGACGCCAAGGAGCUCAGACGGAUACUGACCCAGCCGCACUUUAUGGCCUUGCUCCAGACCCAUGACGUGGUGGCCCAUGAGGUGUACAGUGAUGAGGCUCUGAGGGUCACGCCCCCGCCCACCUCUCCCUACCUGAACGGAGAAUCUCCCGAGAGCACCAACGGGGACAUGGACCUGGAGAACGUGACUCGAGUACGCCUGGUGCAGUUCCAGAAGAACACUGACGAACCUAUGGGCAUCACGCUGAAGAUGAACGAUCUGAACCACUGUAUCGUAGCCAGGAUAAUGCAUGGAGGAAUGAUCCACAGACAAGGAACACUGCAUGUAGGAGAUGAGAUCAGAGAGAUCAACAGCAUCAGUGUGGCCAACCAGACCGUAGAGCAACUACAGAGGAUGUUGAAAGAGAUGCGAGGCAGCAUCACCUUUAAGAUAGUGCCAAGCUACCGGACACAAGGAUCCUCCUGUGAGAGAGAGUCCCCCUCCACCUCCAGGCAAUCCCCUGCCAAUGGCACUGGUCACUCCAGUGUUAACAGUUCUAUCUUGGAUCUGCCGUCUACCAUCCAACCCAAGGGUCGACAGAUCUAUGUGAGGGCCCAGUUUGAGUAUGACCCCUCCAGAGAUGACCUCAUCCCAUGCAAGGAGGCCGGGAUUCCCUUCCGGGUUGGUGACAUCAUCCAGAUCAUCAGUAAAGACGACCACAACUGGUGGCAGGGCAAACUGGAGAACACCAAAAAUGGAACUGCAGGGCUCAUACCCUCACCAGAACUCCAGGAGUGGCGUGUGGCAUGUAUAGCCAUGGAGAAGACUAAGCAGGAGCAGCAGGCCAGCUGUACCUGGUUUGGCAAGAAGAAGAAGCAGUACAAAGACAAGUACCUGGCCAAGCACAACGCAGAUCUCGUCACGUAUGAAGAAGUUGUGAAACUGCCUGCGUUUAAGAGGAAAACACUAGUCUUGUUAGGUGCCCAUGGAGUGGGCAGAAGACACAUCAAGAACACACUCAUCACAAAACACCCUGACAGAUUUGCCUACCCCAUCCCACAUACGACCAGACUUCCUAAGAAGGACGAGGAGAACGGGAAGAACUACUACUUUGUGUCACAUGACCAGAUGAUGCAGGACAUCAGUAACAAUGACUACCUGGAGUACGGUAGUCACGAGGACGCCAUGUACGGCACGCGGCUAGAGACCAUUCGCCAUCACGAGCAGGGACUCAUCUCCAUACUGGACGUAGAGCCACAGGCCUUGAAGGUCCUGCGGACAGCAGAGUUUGCUCCCUACGUUGUUUUCAUCGCCGUCUCUCUCACCCCCUUCUCUCUCUCUGUAGAUGAGUCAUUGCAGCGUCUUCAGAAGGAGUCAGAGAUUCUUCAGAAGACCUAUGCCCAUUACUUUGACCAGACCAUAAUCAACAACGAGAUAGACGAGAUCAGACACCUAGAGGAGGCUAUAGACCUGGUCUGUACCACUGCACAGUGGAUCCCUGUGUCCUGGGUCUACUGAGGAUAGGAAGGAACACCUUCUCUCCUCCCCUCUGUGUCUUUCUGGGUCCACUGUACCUGUAUAGACCCCCCACCCCCCC